UUUAGGAACCCUUGAUAGUUCUGGGAUUCGAUUUUACUUGAUUUUAAAUUUAAUAAGAGUUCAAUAUUAUUUUAAAAAUAUUUGUUUACUUUAAGUUGAUUGUACUAAACAUCUCUUUUACAACAAUACUCAUCCUAAUCGAGUACCAAUAUCAUAUAUCCAAGUCAGAUUUGAACUAAUAAUUAAUUCUCAUUUUGCCUCACGAUGUUAAAUUUAACACUUUUUAGCCGAAUUAAAAAUCAUGGUUCUCAUUUUUAUUUUUUCUGUUUAUAGCAGAACAAAAUAAUAAGCAUCUGAUUACUUGGAUCGUAGGUAAUUUAAAAUUAUUUCUUUUUUGCCAUUUUUUCUUCCAAGACUUGACAUAAUGUUCUCAGCUCUACUCCCCUUUGUAAAUUACCCAGUCAAUCUUUUGUAUCUUUGGAGUUGGAUGCCACACACAACAAGCCGAUGCUUAGUCUUGUCUGUCACCACUUUCUUAGAUGCUUAAUGACAUGUAACGAAAUUUUGUAUUAUACCAAAAUAGAGUUUGGGUUCAAGUUUCGAGUUUAAGUUUGAAGUUGGAAUCUUGUAAAAUAAAGAUUAACAAAGAGUUUGGAAAUAAUUUUAUCGGAAUAAAAACAAAUGUUCCAGCCUAUCACUUGUAAGCAAGUUUUUAUUUCUCCAUGCCCUCUCAUGCAAUCAAUAUCGUCACGAUAGUAAUGACCCUUUAAUGUAGGUAUAAUAUUAGAGAUUACAUGCGAAGAAUAGGUAAAAGUACUAUAUAGGCCCUUAUAUAAGGAGCCGGAAUAUAUCAAAGAGUAAGUUAGUCUUUUUGUUAAAAAUUGGUCUCCAUAUAUCAAAAUAAAGUACAUGCAUUAGUCAAUAAAAAUGGAUGUAAUUUUUAACAAACGUACAUAGACUCAUAGUUUAAGCGCCUCUACGAUGGUUUUACCGCAGCAAACAUCUCAAGAGAUAGUGUUCUGAAGCAGAAACUUCGGGUGCCCCCAUACUUCUUCCUUUGUACGCCCCCACUGGUACAAAACUGACUCUUGAUCCAUCGUCCUCUCGAAAGACAUUAACAAUACUAGCAAUGAAUCUCUCCAAAAAGUCUAAAACUCGUUGAUGAUGCAUGAACUUUUUCUUCUUGAUUCUUAUGAUCUCUUACUGUUCAAAAAGGCAAUAAAGAGAAAGCUCAAGAACAGAAUAAAAUGAGAAAAAAAAAAGUUUGGCAAAGUUAAUUGGAAUAUCAAAACAAUUCAUAUUUCAAUUUCAGAGUAGAGAGACCCCUAUAAAAACUGGCAAACACCGAAUUACAUCUUCAAAGCUCAAAGUUUUUCUCACAAAUAUUGUAUAAGAUGAACAGCUGCCAACAAUGGAAGACUGUGACUGCAAUGGUGGCUAUAAACUUUGCCAUGGCUAUAACAAAUGUGCUUGUCAAAAAAGUUCUUGAUAAUGGUGUUAGCCAUAUAAUCAUCUUAAUGUACCGUCAAGCAAUUUCAGCUGUAUUUUUGGCACCAAUUGCCUACUUUUGGGAAAGGAAAAGUAGACCAAAGCUCACAGCUCGAAUUUUAUGCCAGCUUUUUUUUAAUGCUCUUAUAGGGGCGACACUCUGUCAAUAUUUUUUCCUUUUGGGACUUGAAUAUACAUCUGCAACUUUCUCUUGUGCAUUCCUUAAUAUGGUUCCUGCAAUUACCUUCAUAUUGGCUCUACCAUUUGGGUUAGAGAAAGUGAAUAUUAAAAACAAGUCCGGGAUCGCCAAGUUUGUGGGCACGACGGGUUGCAUCGGCGGAGCUAUGGUGCUGACGCUUUACAAAGGGAAAACGUUAGUCAGGUCGGAUUCAGAGACCAUGGUUCACGCUGUGAACUACGUUAAGAAAGAGAGAUGGGGCAUCGGUUCGAUAUUCCUAGCCGCGGGUACCGUCUUUUGGUCAUCAUGGUUCCUAGUGCAAGCCAGUAUAGGAAGGACAUAUCCAUGCCAAUAUUCUAGUACUGCAUUCUUGUCCUUUUUCAGUGCAAUUCAAUCAGCCAUUAUAAGUUUGAUAACAGAAAGGGAUUUCACAAGAUGGGUCUUGAAGGAGAAACUCGAACUCGUAACGGUGGCGUACAUAGGAAUGGUGGGAUCUGGUUUGUGCUAUGUGGGAAUGUCUUGGUGUGUGAAACAAAAGGGUCCACUUUUCACUUCAGCUUUCACUCCCUUGGUGCAAAUAUUUGCAGCCAUUUUUGAUUUCUCUGUUCUACAUGGGCAAAUCUACCUUGGAAGUGCCGUUGGAUCUGUUUUUGUUGUGAUUGGUUUAUAUAUUCUGCUAUGGGGCAGAAACUGUGAGGCUAAAGAAGAAACUCAAAACCUCAAACAGCCACAAAUGGAGGAACAAGACUGCAAUGGAACGCCACAAGUUUAACCAAUUUCUAGUUUACUUGUGCAACAAGCAAAUGUUGUAUUGAAAUAAAUAUAUUUAUGGAAUUUAUAUAUAUAUAUGUAAACUAUUUAAACCAAAA